AUGCUGAUCAGAUUUGGAAAUCGCCAUCAUCAUCUCCAUUUUCUGAUCCAGCGUCUUCACCGUCGCCACCUAACCUCGGAUGGUACGCCACAUGAUCUUCAAAGGAGCACGAAAGUAAAUGGGACCAAAUCAGUCAGCUUGGUGUUCAUACUCGGAACCUGGUCUUGUUGGCCAACCGUCGCUCCUACCGUCAAGAUGCUGAUCAGAUUUGGAAAUCGCCAUCAUCAUCUCCAUUUUCUGAUCCAGCGUCUUCACCGUCGCCACCUAACCUCGGAUGGUACGCCACAUGAUCUUCAAAGGAGCACGAAAGUAAAUGCGACCAAAUCAGUCAGCUUGGUGUUCAUACUCGGAACCUGGUCUUGUUGGCCAACCGUCGCUCCUACCGUCAAGGUUCUCCCCUUUUUCUCUACUCCCUUUGUUCUUUACAUGAAUAAGAUUUCGAUUUUAGUCAAAGUAAUACCAAAACGGAGAAGGAAGUAUUUGACUAUCAUACUCUUCUCAUCUAUUUUUUCCUUGCUCGAUGCUGAUUUUGCCCAAACAAUGCAUCCUAUGAUUUGA